CAGAAGUGCAUCGUUUUUUCCCCCAUAAAAAUUCAAGAUCUGCAACUCUAGCAAAGUGAAAAAAAGAAAAGAAAAGAAAACAACCGCGAAUUUUGCUAUAUAUUAAAUUGGUGUGAAGAUACCUUCAGUGAGUUGAUAGUUGACAGAGAAGGGGAUCUAAAUGGAUAACACCAAGUCUCUUACGGAAGCGGAACCCGACGAUGAUGGCCGAAUCAAAAGAACUGGGAAUGUGUGGACGGCUACGACUCACAUAAUAACAGUGGUGAUUGGGGCAGGGGUGCUGGCUCUGGCAUGGGCAAUGGCCCAGCUAGGAUGGAUAGCUGGUAUAGGCAGUAUGGUGGCCUUUGCAUCCAUAUCCAUGUUCACUUACAGUCUUGUAGCUGAUUGCUACAGAUAUCCAGACCCAAUCAAUGGCAAGAGGAAUUACACUUACGUCCAAGCUGUGAAGGCUUAUUUAGGUGGAACAAUGUAUGUGCUUUGUGGAUUGGUCCAAUAUGGGAAGCUCGCUGGGAUCACGGUGGGAUACACAAUAACUUCAUCCGCAAGCUUGGUAGCAAUAAAGAAAGCAGUUUGCUACCACAGAAGAGGACAUGAAGCUUAUUGCAAGUUUUCUAAUAAUCCCUACAUGAUCGGUUUUGGGAUCUUGCAAAUUUUCUUGUCCCAGAUCCCAAACUUUCACGAGCUAACAUGGCUUUCAACCGUUGCUGCUAUCACCUCUUUUGGUUAUGUACUCAUUGCAAGUGGGCUUACUCUCUCGGUCGUGGUCUCAGGAAAAGGAGCUGCAACCAGCAUAACGGGAACCAAAGUGGGGCCAGGACUAUCUCAAGAAGAUAAAAUUUGGAGGGUUUUCAGUUCAAUGGGAAACAUAGCACUUGCUUGCACUUAUGCUACCGUUAUUUAUGAUAUAAUGGACACAUUAAAAUCAUAUCCACCAGAAAAUAAACAGAUGAAAAUGGCUAACGUGAUUGGGGUCACAGCAAUGACAAUAGUUUUCCUGGUAUGUAGUAGCCUUGGCUAUGCUGCUUUUGGCGAUAACACACCAGGGAACAUCUUCACUGGAUUUUAUGAGCCCUUCUGGUUGGUCUCUCUGGGGAACGUAUGCAUUCUAAUCCACAUGAUUGGAGCAUAUCAGGUAUUGGGCCAACCAUUCUUUCGUAUAGUUGAAAUGGGUGCUAACAUGGCGUGGCCACAGUCAGAUUUCAUAAACAAGGAAUAUCCAAUCAAGAUGGGCAGUGUAACAGUCAGGUUCAACUUGUUUAGGCUAAUUUGGAGGACGAUAUUUGUGAUAUUGGCCACAAUUUUGGCCAUGGCUUUGCCAUUUUUCAAUGAGAUUCUUUCCCUGCUUGGAGCAAUUGGGUUCUGGCCUCUAGUUGUAUUCUUUCCUAUACAAAUGCACAUUGCCCAGAAACACAUAAGAAGACUUUCAUUGAAGUGGUGUAUGCUCCAACUUUUAAGCUGCCUGUGCUUCCUUAUUUCAGUGGCUGCUGUGGUCGGUUCAAUUCAUGGAAUUAGCAAAAAUCUCCAUAAAUACAAAAUAUUCAUGUAUAGACAAUAGCUCUUUUGAAAACCAAAAUCUGAAAUAAAUGCAGCUAAA